AUGGAAGGUUAUGCUGUUGCUCCUGUAACAGAACACCAUCGUCUUCCUUGUUGUGGUAUUGGCAUUGGCUGGUUAUUAUUCAUCCUCGGUUUCUUCUUCGGUGCGAUCCCUUGGUACAUCGGCUUUUUCCUUUUUCUAUUCUCCAGAAACCAGCGUGAGAGACCAGGAUAUAUAGCUUGCACAAUUGGAGCUAUUGUUGCUACGAUUAUCAUCGUCUUUGGAGCCGUAAGAGGAUCAGGGGCCUGGUCGUAA